AUGGAAGAAGACAACGUGGAGGAUAUGGAGGUCGAAGUCUUGCCUUCAAUGUGGCCGGAAGACAUUGAUGCAGCCGGAAAAAAGUUCAACGUGGAAAAGCCGGGAGCCGAUCAAGAUUUGUUAGAGGAUGUAACUUUCAUCGAAGAGCCAACGAUCGUAGACUUCCAACGUCUACUCGAGCUCACGAAUUAUAGCGAAAAAGGGUCGUCUCAAUUAUCUUAUCUCGUAAAAAACUGGGAAUGGAAACAAGAAAAUGCUGUGCGGCUUCUGAGGGAAGAGCUCGAGAAUUUGAGCAAACAACAACGUGAAGUUGAGCUCAAGAAAUUGGAGAUAUUAGAAGAACAUCGAUUUGAACAAGAAAGUUAUGGGGGUGAUAAACGGCCGGUUUCUAUAUUGGAUGAAGUUUACGAGAUCUUUCAAGAUGCGCCCAAAAGGCGAAAUGAUGUUAUUAUUCAGGAUCAAAGAAUAGAAAUCGAUGAUGAGCAUGAGACAGGUACAGUUAAAUAUUGGAAGCAACGGGCCUUGCAUUUGGAGAAGUUGUUGGAAGCAAGCAUCCAACGGGAGCAGAUACUCUGCGAAAAGUUGGAUGAAAGCAUUGAAAAGCUCGAGAAACAGUCGUCACCAGUUGAAGAACUUUCACAGAUCUUGAAACGAGCCGAUAACUUCUUGCAUUUCGUUCUUCAAAAUGCACCGGUUGUCAUUGGCCAUCAAGACAAAGAGUUGCGAUAUCGCUUCAUCUAUAAUCAUUUUCCGAGCUUGCGAGAAGAGGAUAUCAUUGGAAAAACAGACGUCGAGAUAUUCAAAGGUGAUGGUGUCAAGGAAUCCCAAGACUUCAAACGGGAAGUUCUUGAACGAGGAUUGCCGGGAAAGCGAGAGUUCACGUUUGAAACCGAUUUAUUCGGAGCGAAAACGUUCCUGAUAUACGUUGAACCUGUUUUCAGCAAAGCAGGCGAAACGAUUGGUGUGAAUUAUAUGGGAAUGGAAAUAACCGAUCAAGUGAGAAGGAGAGAAAAGAUGGCAAAGCUUCGAGAGGAAAUCGCGGUGCAAAAGGCCAGGGAAACCGAACUUAACAAAACUAUUCAUAUAACAGAGGAGACUAUGAGAGCAAAACAAAUGUUAGCAACCAUGUCACACGAGAUACGGUCGCCAUUAUCUGGGGUUGUUAGCAUGGCGGAGAUUCUAUCGACUACUAAACUUGAUAAAGAUCAAAAACAGCUCUUGGGUGUCAUGUUAUCUUCGGGUGAUUUAGUCCUUCAGCUUAUAAACGACAUCCUCGAUCUCUCUAAAGUCGAAUCAGGAGUCAUGAAGCUUGAAGCCACAAAGUUUAGGCCUAGAGAGGUGAUCAAGCAUGUACUCCAAACCGCUGCAGCAUCGCUAAAAAAGAUGCUGAUUUUGGAAGGAAAUGUCGCUGAUGAUGUCCCCAUCGAGGUUAUCGGUGAUGUUCUUCGAAUUCGGCAAAUCCUCACCAACUUGAUCAGCAAUGCUGUCAAAUUUACCCACGAAGGGAAGGUUAAGAUAAAUCUUUAUGUAAUAGCAGACCCAUGUCCCCAAGAUCAGCAGAAACCAGAGGAGAACGAACAUCAAUCGCAUGAAACCGUGGUGUGGAUACGCUGUGAUGUUCAGGAUACCGGGAUUGGAAUCCCAGAAACUGCAUUACCAUCGCUGUUCAAGAAAUACAUGCAAGCUGGUGCCGAUACAGCUCGGAAGUACGGUGGAACUGGAUUAGGUUUAGCCAUCUGCAAACAACUGGUUGAGCUCAUGGGUGGAUCUUUAACAGUUUCUAGCAAAGAACACUGUGGAUCUACCUUCACUUUUGUUCUACCCCAUAAAGUUCCACAUGCUUGUGAAAGUUCGGACGAAACCGAUGAAUUCCGAGAUAUGGAUGACAAUGCUUCCACGGAAGAUGAUGUAAGUUGCGGGUUUUUCCAGUUCAAGCCGCGCACUUUGGGCUCGCUGUUCUCGGCUAACGGUUUGAACCGAACACCUGACUUAAUGGGAAACGAAACCAAUUUUGACAAGCUAGAUGGGUUUGGUGUCGUGGCGGAAAACAAAGAGAACCAUGAUGAUCAAGACCGUGCGUUUCACAAUCCUAGUAAUAAGAAAAACCGACCCUCGACUACGGACGGGAUGAGGGUGGAUUCCGAUAGAAACUCGGGGUGUGUUUCUAGCAAUGUGAAUCAUGAAAGAUCGAAAUCAUCGGCUAGACCCAAGAUUCUUCUUGUUGAAGAUCAUGUUGUGAAUGUGAUGGUAGCGAAACGGAUGAUGAGACAGUUGAAUCAAGAUAUGGAUGUCGUGAAUAAUGGGGCGGAAGCCGUGCGUGCCGUUCAACGUUGCGAUUACGAUCUCGUUCUUAUGGAUGUAUGCAUGCCGGUAAUGGAUGGUCUUCAAGCUACACGAUUGAUCCGGUCAUAUGAGAAAACCGGCAACUGGGAUGACGCACGACUUGCCGGAGUUGAGCCACCUGAUCGCCUUUCCGGCGAUCAAAUAUGGGAGCCCAGAAAGAGAAUUCCCAUCAUUGCUAUGACAGCAAAUGCAAUGUCGGAAAGCGCAGAAGAAUGUUUCGCCAACGGAAUGGACUCGUUCAUAACAAAGCCGGUUACGCUUCAAAACUUGAAACAGUGUCUUGAACGGUAUUUGCCAUCAAAUAGCAGCCUGUAA